AUGUUCGCUCUCCGCCGCAAUGUUUUAUCCACCCUCUCUCGCAGCUUCUCCACCAGCGCUCGCAAUAAUUCCUUCGCCAAACUCACACUUAUUGGUCGUCUCGCUGAUAAGCCUGAAAUAACUGCUACAAGCCAAGGACAAGAGAUCAUGAAAUAUGCGGUUGGUACUAACACCGGCAGAGGAGAGAAUCAGAAGACUAGUUGGUUUCGGAUAGUGAGCUUCUUGCCAGAGGGACCACAGAGAGAUUUCAUUUCGAAUCUGGAGAAGGGAACCUUGGUAUAUGUAGAAGCUGAGGCACAAAUGAAUAACUACCAAGAUGCCGAUGGGAAGAACAGAAGUUCUAUGAGCGCAGUUCAGCAGAAAAUCGACGUCCUCCAAUACAAGAGGCCUCAAGAUGCAAGCGCAUAG